CCCUCUGGAAGCCGCGAACGCCACCGAGUGUCUGCACACCUCGCUCCGUCUGCCAUGGCUGGUUAAAGAACCAUCCGGAUCGCAGCGCGGGGGGAGGGCUGGGUGGGGGGAGAGCGGCGGCCGCGCGUGAGGCCGAGGGAGGGGCGGCGGCGCGAGCGGCGGCGGCGGCGGUUCCAGCAUGAAGAGGAGAGCUGGCCUGGGGGGCAGCAUGAGGUCAGUGGUGGGCUUCUUGUCCCAGCGGGGCUUGCAUGGGGACCCCCUGCUCACUCAGGACUUUCAGAGGAGACGCCUGCGGGGCUGCAGAAACCUCUACAAGAAGGACCUCCUCGGCCACUUCGGCUGUGUCAAUGCCAUUGAAUUCUCCAACAAUGGAGGCCAGUGGCUGGUCUCAGGAGGAGAUGACCGUCGGGUUCUGCUAUGGCACAUGGAACAAGCUAUCCACUCGAGAGUCAAGCCCAUACAGCUGAAAGGAGAGCACCAUUCCAACAUUUUUUGCCUGGCUUUCAACAGUGGGAACACCAAAGUAUUCUCUGGAGGAAAUGAUGAGCAAGUUAUCCUCCAUGAUGUUGAAAGCAGCGAGACCUUGGAUGUGUUUGCUCAUGAAGAUGCGGUAUAUGGCUUGUCGGUGAGCCCCGUGAAUGACAACAUUUUUGCCAGCUCCUCAGAUGAUGGCCGGGUUCUUAUCUGGGACAUCCGGGAGUCCCCCCAUGGAGAGCCUUUCUGCCUGGCAAACUAUCCAUCAGCCUUUCACAGUGUCAUGUUUAACCCUGUGGAGCCCAGGUUAUUGGCCACAGCCAAUUCAAAGGAAGGAGUGGGACUCUGGGAUAUUCGAAAACCUCAGAGUUCUCUCCUGCGCUAUGGUGGCAACCUGUCCCUCCAGAGUGCCAUGAGUGUGCGGUUCAACAGCAACGGGACCCAGCUCCUGGCCCUGAGGCGUCGCCUGCCCCCUGUGCUCUAUGACAUCCAUUCCCGCCUGCCUGUGUUCCAGUUUGACAAUCAGGGUUACUUCAACUCUUGCACCAUGAAAAGUUGCUGCUUUGCAGGGGAUCGUGACCAGUAUAUCCUUUCAGGCUCUGAUGACUUUAACCUGUAUAUGUGGAGAAUUCCUGCAGAUCCAGAAGCAGGUGGCAUUGGUAGGGUGGUCAACGGAGCCUUCAUGGUGCUGAAAGGGCAUCGGUCUAUUGUUAACCAGGUCCGAUUUAACCCUCACACCUACAUGAUCUGCUCUUCUGGUGUAGAAAAGAUUAUCAAGAUCUGGAGCCCAUACAAGCAGCCAGGAUGUACAGGAGACCUAGACGGACGGAUUGAGGAUGAUUCCCGCUGCCUCUAUACCCACGAAGAAUACAUCAGCCUUGUGCUGAACAGCGGGAGUGGCCUGUCACACGACUAUGCCAACCAGUCCGUGCAGGAAGACCCCCGGAUGAUGGCCUUCUUUGACUCAUUGGUGCGCCGAGAGAUCGAGGGCUGGAGCUCUGACUCCGACAGCGACCUCAGUGAGAGCACUAUACUCCAGCUGCACGCUGGGGUCAGCGAACGCUCAGGCUACACUGACUCAGAGUCCUCAGCCUCGCUGCCCCGUUCCCCUCCACCCACGGUGGACGAGAAUGCCGACAGCACCUUCCAUCUGGGGCCCCUGCGGGUCACCACCACCAACGCGGUGGCGUCGCCUCCACCGCCGCCCACGUGCGAGGACGCAGCCUCUCGCCAGCAGCGCCUGUCUGCCCUGCGGCGCUACCAGGACAAACGCCUCCUGGCCCUCUCCAACGAGUCCGACUCCGAGGAGAACGCCUGCGAGGUUGAGCUGGACACAGAUCUCUUCCCCCGGCCGCGGUCUCCCAGCCCUGAAGACGAGUCCAGCAGCUCCAGCAGCUCCAGCAGCUCUGAGGACCAGGAGGAGCUGAACGAGCGCCGAACCUCCACGCGGCAGCGGAACGCCAUGCGGCGCCGACAGAAGACACCCCGGGAAGAGAGGCCCACCCCUGCGAGCAAGCCCGCCAACACCUACAUUGGAGAAGACAACUACGAUUACCCCCAGAUCAAAGUGGAUGACCUCUCCUCCUCCCCGACGUCCUCCCCUGAGCGGGGCACUUCCACCCUGGAGAUUCAGCCGAGCCGAGCAUCGCCAACCUCCGACAUAGAGUCGGUUGAACGAAAAAUUUAUAAGGCUUACAAGUGGCUCCGCUACUCCUAUAUCUCCUACUCAAAUAACAAAGAUGGAGAGAGCUCCCUCGUGGCUGGGGAGGCCGACGAAGGGAGAGCCGGAACCAGCCACAAGGAUAACCCAGCCCCUUCUUCCAGUAAGGAAGCCUGUCUAAGCAUGACCAUAGCCCAGAGGAACCAGGACCUGCCCCCUGAAGGUCGCAGCAAGGAUGCUUUUAAAGAAGGGACUUCUGCUAGAAAUCCCAGCAAUGGCCCAGGCCAUGAGCACAGCAGCCACCCUUGGGCAGAGGCGCCAGAAGAUACCUCACAGGACACUAACAAUGGUAGCUCUGUAGAACAUUCUUUCGAAACCAAGAAGCUCAAUGGAAAGGCCCUGAGCAAGGCCCUAAGCAGCCGGGCUGAGGAGCCGCCCUCUCCUCCUAUCCCCAAGGCAUCUGGCUCCACUCUCAGCAGUGGGUCUGGCAGCUGUCCCAGGACCCAGUCUGAUGACAGUGAGGAGCGGAGCCCUGAAACCAUCUGUGCCAACCACAACAAUGGACGCUUACACCCCCGCCCCCCUCAUCCCCACAACAAUGGGCAGAACUUCGGGGAGCUGGAGGCAGUGGCCUGCUCUUCCCCAGGACAUUCGGACACUGACCAUGAUAACUUGUCCCUGACAGGGACGCUCCUACACAAAGAUUGUUGUGGGUCUGAAAUGGCCUGUGAGACCCCCAAUGCUGGAAUGAGAGAGGACCCCACUGACCCCCCAGACACAGACAGCAGUAGGGCUGUUCACGGCCACAGUGGCCUCAAAAGGCACCGAAUCGAAUUGGAAGAUACAGAUUCAGAGAAUUCCUCCUCAGAGAAGAAAUUAAAAACAUGAUAACUACAAAGGGAAAACAAAAAGCUAUGAAAAGUAGCUUUACAAAGAAAAUUUUUAAUCCUGUUUAGUGAACACAGAGAAAAGGAAAAAAAGUAUUAAAGGCACAUAAAACCAGGGCCUGAGAUUUUGUGUCUGAUGCUGCUCCCUUCUAUUCAAUAAUGGGUCUGAAUGUUUAGCUGGUCACUGGCUUGUGCUGUGUAAGGAGAGGUGGGGGGGGGAAAUCCAAGUGACUCCUUUCUAGUAAGACUUGAGCAUCGCGUACCUGUGCGUUUUGUUAAAGUAAAUCCUUGUUGAGACAUUUGACUUGUUCUUGUGUGUGUUCACCGGCACGUGUGAGCUCAUUGUCUCCGAGGCUUUUCUUUUGGUUCUCCAUCGGGAAGGAUCAAUGGAUCUGUAUCUUUUGCCAUCUCACCUUGUUUACAUGCUGUCAGUAUUCUGGUCUUAAUGGUGAGUGCCUGCUGAAUCCGACUGCCCUGCCAAUGAGUUGUGGAUUUAUGCUGAAAAAAUGAAGGGGAGAAUGGAAACAAGCCUUCCAUGCUGGAAGGAACACAUGGUUCCUUUCUGAAGGAAACUUUCCUUCCAUGUUUUCUCUCAGUAGCACUUCUUCAUUGAGCAUUUAAUGUGGACACACUAAAAGUGAAGUGUUUUUAAUGCUAAUGGGAGGUUAGCACUUGAGAUCAGAUUCCAGAGAACGUAGAUUCCUGGUCAACUUCACCCAUGGCAAAUUGAGCAGUGCUGGGCCACACUCUGUAUGGAGGCCAUGAACUAGAACUAGUUAUGGGGGACUGCUUUAACCAGUUAGGUACUACUUCCUAAGAGGAGCUCUAGAGGCCAGCGGGCACUUCCUUGGCCCUCUGUGAUGAAGGGAGGGGGAAAAGGCAGCUCUGAAGAGCUUGGUGCUCAGACGAUUUAAGCAGAUGUCAUAGGUAUGUUAAUGAAGAAGUGUAGUGAAGAGCAGAGUGUGGUGCCAUGUUCUUUUAAUUCAACCCAAAAUGCUUGGUCAGAAUUGAAGGAAACUGGCAUCUUCCCCCGGGCUUGCAACUAGCAGAGGCUAUGGUGUUCUGACUAGAUCUUGCAGGACAGUAGGCAUCUCUAAAUAACCGAUUCCUGUUGAGUUGGUGUGUUAGGAGGCAGAGAAGAGUCUCUGGUUUAAGGCUCCUGGCUCCUGGCAGAUACCGCAUUUCACCGAGCGGGGAAAGACCAAGAGAUUUUCAGCAUCACAGUGGUCCAUCCUUACAGUCACUUGGUCAUAGUUACACAAAGCAGGAAGACCUAGGGAUGACCAGAUAUCUCAUCAGCACAGAUGUCAUGAAAAAGCAGAAUCGUGGCAAGAAAUGAGGAAGAGAGGGAAAGAGGCACACUGUAAUUUUUCUUGGGUGCAAAUGUGCUAGACCACUUGGGGCGCGGCCAGCAUUGGCGUAGAGAGGACCGAAUGUGUGACUGAUCCAGCGUUCCUUUUAGAGGAGGGCCCGUCCUACUGGGACUGGGACCAUGUGGAGGAUGAAGACUUGGAUGAAUUUAGGCACUGGGGGAAGAAAGAUUAUUUAUAAAAGGAAGGUUGUUGAUCUCAGCCAAAAGGAGAUAUCAUCUGGCUAAGCUUUGUGAAAGGAAAGACGUGCCUGGUAUGUGUGAUGUGACUUGGGUAUGAAAACACUGUCUAAGGAGAAGGAGAUGAGGGACUAUGAGUAGCAGUGGAGAUGCUUACAAUUUAACAACUGUAAUCUCACCGGGGGCGGUGGGGGGGAGGGGGGGGAGUGGGAAAGUGAUUCUGUAACUAUUAGAAUUACUUUGGAUUUGUAAUGAAAAUGGUUCUAUGAUUUGUCUUUGACUAUUCACAGAUAAUUGUAAAUUCUGGUUUUAUAAGCCCAAGUCAUUUUACAUUUGCUUUUCCAAAAUUUAUUAAAUUGGAAUUUUUUAAUCCUUUAUAUACAAAAAAAAGAUAUCAUCACUCAGUGUGUGUUUCUCUUCCCCUUCCUAGUCAGCCUCCCUAAUCUUUUUGUUUUACCUAAUCAAGUAGGUAGCCUCUUCUGAUUUCUCUUAGGACAAUCCACUGUUCCUAGAGGAAAAGAAGUUAAGUUUCCUUGGGAAACAGCCACUUGGUGGUUAUUGUUUCCAAAUGCAGAACUUGGUCUUUCAUGUAAAAAGCCUUAAUUUCAUUUGAGUUCUCCAAAGAGAAGGCAAAGUUCAUUCUGGUUCAGUUUUAGUGUUCAAGAAAGAUCGUUUUUAGCAAGGAUAUCUCCUAUCCUUGGGAGAGACUCUUCCCAGCACCCCAGAUUCCACUUGCUAGGAGAUAAGCCCACAAGACACUCACUGGAACAGGCUGAGAAAUGCUUAUCUCCAUAGCCACUCCACUCUCACUUCCAGAAAUCUCCUGUCUUGUGAUCGUAGGCCUGGAAACCUGGCAGGAACCACUUCCAGAAUCCUUGUGAACUGAGGCCCCAACUUUGGAGGCACAUUUGAUCCCCAAAGUCUUUCAUGAUGGUAUUUUUACUAGCAGGACAGAUGGCACUGAUUAGAUUAAGAACUAUUUGAAAGUGCCUCUUAUGUUGUUUUUUUUUUUGUUUUUUGUUUUUUGUUUUUUUUUUUUCCUGUAUCCUGUAUAUAAAUUUUUUAAGUGGCUGGUCCAGAGAGGUAAAACCGUUUCUUUCCACUUUAUUUUCUGCCUGGUUUUGUAAGUAAUUCCUGUGUCUCUAGGACAGCAGUAAAUGAGUAGUUGGCUUGGGGCAAAAGAAGGUUGCAACUGUGCUUGAUUUACUAAGCCAGGAAUCCCUUGUUUGUCAAGGUGCCUUCCUCUGCUGAAGCCUUACCUCCUCACAAGCCCCUCCUCUUGUGACUCCCAGCAACGCUAGCUCUUCUCUUGUGUAUAUGCAAAUAAACCUAUUAUUCACUUC